UUUUUGGACUUUAGCCCCACAACCUCCCUGUUGAUCCUGGAAGUCAUCAAGAGACCCGUUAUCUGACCUCUGACCUUGGAUUCAUUCACUUCUGCAGCCACUAGCCUGCUGACCUUGGAUUUAUCAGACCCCAAAGCUAUACAAGUCAGGGGAAGUAUCCAGCUUGACAUCUGAUCCAUGGACUUUGAACCUUGGGCUUGAAUUUCCCUACUUCUACAACUGGAGUCUUCAAGCUCUGGUGUACGUGUUGGCCAGUUCUGAAAUCUUGUUGGAGCUCUACGUUGACAAUUAGGGAAUGGACCGUUUGGGUUCCUUUAGCAAUGACCCCUCCGAUAAGCCCCCUUGCAAAGGCUGCUCGUCCUACCUCACGGAGCCCUACAUCAAGUGUGCCGAGUGUGGGCCUCCUUCCCUUCUCCUCUGCUUGCAGAAUUGCUGUGGUGCGGCAGGUGUGGAACCAGGAUUCAUAUUGUUUUACUCGAGGAUUUGAGUACAAGAAACAUCAAAGUGAUCAUACUUAUGAAAUAAUGACAUCAGAUUUUCCUGUUCUUGAUCCCAGUUGGACGGCUCAAGAAGAAAUGGCCCUCUUGGAAGCUGUCAUGGACUGUGGCUUUGGAAACUGGCAGGAUGUAGCCAAUCAGAUGUGUACCAAGACCAAAGAGGAAUGUGAGAAACAUUAUAUGAAGCACUUCAUUAAUAACCCUCUGUUUGCAUCCACCUUGCUGAACCUGAAGCAAGCAGAGGAGGCAAAGACUGCUGACACAGCCAUUCCAUUUCACUCUGCAGAUGACCCUCCCCGGCCUACCUUUGACUCCCUGCUUUCUCAGGACAUGGCAGGAUACAUGCCAGCUCGAGCAGACUUCAUCGAGGAGUUUGACAAUUACGCAGAAUGGGACUUGAGAGACAUUGAUUUUGUUGAAGAUGACUCGGACAUUUUACAUGCUCUGAAGAUGGCUGUGGUAGAUAUCUAUCAUUCAAGGUUAAAAGAGAGACAGCGACGGAAAAAAAUUAUAAGAGACCAUGGAUUGAUCAACCUUAGAAAGUUUCAGUUAAUGGAACGGCGCUAUCCGAAGGAGGUUCAAGACCUUUAUGAAACAAUGAGGCGAUUUGCAAGGAUUGUGGGCCCAGUGGAGCAUGACAAGUUCAUUGAAAGUCAUGCAUUGGAAUUUGAACUCCGAAGGGAAAUCAAGAGGCUCCAAGAAUAUAGGACAGCCGGCAUUACCAACUUUUGUAGUGCCAGGACCUAUGAUCACCUGAAGAAAACGCGAGAGGAAGAGCGCCUGAAGCGCACCAUGCUCUCUGAAGUUCUUCAGUACAUCCAGGACAGCAGUGCUUGCCAGCAGUGGCUCCGCCGGCAAGCUGACAUUGAUUCCGGCCUGAGCCCUUCUAUUCCAAUGGCUUCAAAUUCAGGUAGACGAAGUGCACCACCCUUGAACCUCACUGGCCUCCCGGGAACAGAAAAGCUGAAUGAAAAAGAAAAGGAGCUUUGUCAGAUGGUGAGGUUGGUCCCUGGAGCCUAUUUAGAAUACAAAUCCGCUCUGUUGAACGAAUGCAACAAGCAAGGAGGCUUGAGACUGGCGCAGGCAAGAGCACUGAUCAAGAUAGAUGUGAACAAAACCCGGAAAAUUUAUGAUUUUCUCAUCCGAGAAGGAUACAUUACUAAAGCCUGAGGCUCUCGGGACUGGGGGUCAGAAACCAGAAGUCUGGAAUGUGGUGGGCUGAAGGACAAUAUGGGCUUCCUGGAGAGUUUUGUCUUUGUGCUGAAUUCUCACUAUAAGAUGGGGGAAAAGCCAAAGGAAAGCUUGGGUUGUAUUAAUGUCUACUUUCUACGCCACCUGCUUUAAACACUCCUGUUGUUGGUGCUGUGCUGCAGAGUUGUGUGCUAGAUGAGUUUAUUAUUAAAUGUGAGUGGGAAUUCAUUCCCAACACCUCUUGUAACUAAAACAAGCAUAGUACCUCACAUUCCUUGCUGGUAGAAAUAGAACUAAACCAUAGUUGUUAGGCCCAGGGGUCCAGUCCAGAGUCUCAAACUUUGGAGGUUGUUUUGUUUAAGAGAGAGGUAUAGAGCAUGCGAAAGCUUUCUCUUUUCUUCUAAGGCAGUGGUUCUCAAUCUGUGGGUCUCGACCCUUUUUGGGGGUAUAA